CAAAGUUAAGGUCAUUGGCAGUACAAUAGCUGUGUGGCCGACCAUCCGUGUAGCUAGGACGGCUGGUGGAUAUAUAACGACGCGUAGGGCGAACUUGGUCAGUGUUGAGUCAACCACUUCCAGACAUCAUGGCUUGCAAAAUCGCCCUCAUCAGCGCUGCCAUCCUCCUUAUCCUAGCACUAACACACGCAGCUCCCGCUGAAGAAAAACCAGUGGACAUCCUCAAAGAAGAAGCAGGGAAAGAUGACCUAGCCCCAGCCGAUGACAAGGAAGACCUUAAAACCGCAGCCUCACAUUGGGGCGGUCACUGGGGAGGCUACGGCCAUUACGGGGGCCAUUACGGCGGUUACCCCCAUUACGGCUACGGGUGGGGGUACCCUAGCUUCGGGUACGGGUACUGGCCCUACGGUGGGUACUACGGCCACGGGUACGGUGGGUACGGUGGCUACGGAUGGUGGUAAAUGAUGUGUUUAAAAUGCGAUGAUAAUGCCAGUAUUAAUUUGUAAGUUUCGACGUUCGGAUUCUGCGAGUAAAUAUUUUAGUUAUUUGAAGAGAUUGGUAGGUUAGUUUCAGAUGAAAAUAUAAAAAUAUUUGUGUAGUACAUUUUAUGUCUACUGAUAUAACCCGCACGAUUUUUUAUACUACAUUUUGAUUUAUUAUAAUUUUUUGUAUAAGAUAAAAGUAUAUUGCAACCUACCAUGUGAUAUCAUGUGUGGGCAAUCUCAUUACUUGCCGGUAAAAAUGUAUAAUAUUUAAUUAAGAUAGAUUUAUGAAGUUAAACAUUUUGUGAAUUUUAUAGACAUAAAA